ACCAUAACUUUGAUUCUUCUGCUCUAGCUCCGCCGCCGCUGCGGCUGCCGCUUUCGGUUGAUUUGCUUCUCCUUCCAACACCUGCUCUCCUUUUUCCUUUAAUUUCUUUAAUUUUUUUCCCUUCAAAGCGGAUUUUUGAAUUGCCUCUGAAGCUAUAGACAAAUUUAAAAAAAAACCCUUUAAUUCUCCUCGACCGCGUUCGGGCGAUUUCCCUUGACCAUGAGCAGCGUUACCAGAGCCAGAAACUUCCGCCGCCGUGGCGAUGAUGCCGAAGAAGAUGACAGCGGAAAAGAUAAUAGCAAUAACCCCACCACCGCCACCCAAAAUCCAUCAUCUUCCAAACCCGCCGCGAAGAAACCCCCGAAACUCCUCAGUUUCGCUGACGAUGAAAACGAGGAAGAAACAACCAAGUCAUCCUCAAACAAGAACAGAGAUAAAGAAAGGGGGAAACCUAUUUCCUCUCGGUUCCCCAAACCCUCAUCUGCGCACAAGAUUACCACCGUGAAAGGCCGCAAAAACCCUUCUUCUUCUUCUUUACCUUCCAAUGUCCAACCCCAAGCCGGUACUUACACAAAAGAAGCACUACUUGAGCUCCAAAAGAACACGCGCACCCUUGCUGCCCCUUCUUCACGCCCCACCCCCGUUUCAUCUGAGCCUAAGAUUGUUCUUAAAGGCCUUCUCAAGCCCCAAUCCCAAAAUUCAAACUCCCAGCAAGAGAAUGUCCCAACACAGAAACUUGAUAAAGACGACACGGAGUCUAGGUUGGCAACGAUGGCGAUUGGUAAAGAAGUGGAUUUAGAUUCUUCAGUUUUUCCUGACCAGGCAACUAUUGAUUCUAUCAAGGCAAAGAAGGACAGGGCUCGGAAGUCUUUUGGAAGGCCUGCUCCUGAUUAUAUAUCAUUGGAUGGUGGGAGUAAUCAUGGCGGCAUGGAGGAGUUAAGUGACGAGGAGGAACUAGAGUUCCGAGGGCUGUUGUUCGGUGAAAGUGGGAAGAAGGGUGUGUUUGAGGUUGAAGAGAGAGCAAUGGGUGUAGUUUCGAGGAAAGAUGAGAUCCAUGACGAGGAAAAUGACGAUGAGGAAGAGAAGUUGUGGGAAGAAGAGCAGUUCCGUAAAGGAUUGGGGAAGAGGUUGGAUGAUGGUUCGAAUCGGGUCGUAAUUAGUAGCAGUACCACUGCUGGAGUUGCUAUGGCUCAUAAUAUGCCUCAGCAACACCAGAAAAGGUUUGGGUAUUUGACAAUUGCUUCAUAUGGUUCAGUGGUGCCGAAUGUGUCGCCUGCUCUGCCUUCAAGCAUUGUUGGAGCAGCUGGGGCUUCUCAAGGUUUAGAUGUUCCAUCAAUAUCGCAACAAGCUGAAAUCGCUAGGAAGGCUUUACAAGAGAAUGUGAUUCGGCUGAAGGAAUCUCAUGCCAGAACCAUUUCAUCAUUAACGAAGGCUGAUGAGAAUCUGUCAGCCUCACUUUUCAAUAUCACUGCUCUUGAAAAGUCUCUGUCUGCUGCUGGUGAGAAGUUCAUCUUUAUGCAAAAGCUUCGUGAUUUUGUUUCUGUUAUAUGUGAAUUUUUGCAGCAUAAAGCUCCUCUUAUAGAGGAACUUGAAGAGCGCAUGCAAAAACUUAAUGAAAAACGUACAUUGGUUGUACUUGAAAGAAGAACUGCAGAUAAUGAUGAUGAAAUUGUGGAGGUUGAAGCAGCUGUGAAAGCAGCAAUGUUGGUUUUCAGUGAACGUGGAAGUAGUGCCGCAAUGAUUGAAGUUGCCACAAAUGCAGCUCAGUCUGCAUCUGGUGCAGUUAAAGAACAAGCUAAUUUACCGGUGAAGUUGGAUGAAUUUGGUAGAGAUGUGAAUCGGCAGAAACGUUUGGAUAUGGAACGAAGGGCUGAGGCUCGUCAUCGCAGGAAAGCUCGAUUUGAUUCUAAGAGAUUAUCAUCCAUGGAUAUUGACAGUUCCUAUCAGAAAAUAGAAGGCGAAUCAAGCACUGAUGAGAGUGAUAGUGAGAGUACAGCAUAUCAGUCAAAUCGCGACUUGUUGCUUCAAACAGCGGAUCAAGUUUUCAGUGAUGCAUCUGAGGAAUAUUCCCAACUUUCUGCUGUUAAACAGAAGUUUGAAAAAUUGAAGAAGGAUUACUCUUCGAGCUACCGUGAUGCUUACAUGUCAUUAAGUAUUCCUGCUAUCUUCUCUCCAUAUGUAAGACUUGAGCUUCUUAAGUGGGAUCCACUCCACCGUGAUGAAGACUUUUCUGAUAUGAAAUGGCAUAAUUUGCUAUUCAAUUAUGGUUUUCCUGAAGAUGGAAAUUUUGCAUCUGAUGAUGCUGAUGCUAACCUAGUUCCUGCACUAGUGGAAAAGAUUGCACUUCCAGUAUUGCAUCAUGAAAUUUCCUAUUGCUGGGACAUGCUUAGCUCACAAGAAACGAAGAAUGCUGUUUCUGCCACAAGUUUGAUUAUAGAUUAUGUUCCCGCUUCUAGUGAGGCAUUAGCAGAAUUAUUGGUUACUAUCCGCACUCGUCUUAAAGAGGCUGUCACUGAUAUUAUGGUUCCAACAUGGACCCCACUUGUGAUGAAGGUUGUGCCAAAUGCUGCACGAGUUACUGCAUAUCGGUUUGGGAUGUCUGUUCGGUUGAUGAGAAAUAUCUGCUUGUGGAAGGAUAUUCUGGCAUUGCCAGUUUUAGAGAAGCUUGCCCUCGAUGAACUUUUGUGUGGAAAAAUCUUACCUCAUAUUCGAUGCAUUACUUCAGAUGUUCAUGAUGCUGUCACAAGAACAGAACGUAUUGUAGCUUCUUUAUCUGGGUUGUGGACAGGCACAAAUGUCUCACGAGAUUCCAGUGUCAAGUUGCAACCACUGGUGGAUUGUGUGUUGUCAUUAGGAAAAGCGUUGGAGAGAAGGCAUACAUCAGGUGUGAGUGAAGGUGAGGCAGGUGGACUAGCGCGUCGGUUGAAGAAAAUAUUGGUUGAGCUAAAUGAAUUCGACAAUGCAAGGGAUAUAGCAAGGAGGUUCCAUCUCAAGGAAGCAUUAUGAGCCAUGCCUGUCUAGGAUAUAGUGAGAGUCGUACAUGAACAGAAGGGGUAGGUGUUGGAUACACAAAUUAUAUGACAAGAGAUCACCGUUGAAACUUAAAUUCUGAGGCUAGCUUUCCCGAGCAUAGUUUAGACAGUAAACUAGGAUAUUUCCAGUGUUGAUUAUCUGUUCAACCCGUUUUAUUUCUUAUCUUGAGAUGGAAUUGUGAGCUCUCUUAUCUUGAAUACUGUCCUUAAAUCCUAACUGAAACUGCUUUAGAGUUGAUUAAAAUUUUGGGAUUUAAGUUAUUUUGUGGUUCAUUUUUGCUGCUGCUAAUGGCAAUGCGUUCUGUUAUGUUAUGCUAGUAGCGUUUAGGGCUAACAGUUGGUGUAUU